AUGUCUGGUAGUGACUCAGAACUUGAGAUGGUACCUUUUGAGGUAGCAAAGUAAGCAGAGGUUCAAAGAAAAAGAUAAGUGGCUGAAUAGAAAACAUAGGCAAACAUGAAGAAACAAUAGUAGAAGGAAUAGAUUAAGCAAAAAAUUAAAAAUGAUAAGGAAAUACAAUUGAAAGCUAAACAAAAAAAUUUAUUUGAAGAAGAACCUCCUGAAUAAAGUAGCAGCACUUAGUCACAUUUCACUAAUAAUAAAAUUGAUGAAUCAUUCCAAAGGAAUUUGAAUGAAAAAUUAUCUGAAAAAGUUAUUAAAUCCAUUAAAAUGCCACAAAUAUAAUAAGCAACUACUAUUCCAAUUGAAAUCAAAUCUAAAAAAAUCAUCAAAAGAUUUAAUGAAAAAGUUACAAUAGAAACAUUAGGAAGAGAUAUAAAUCACAAGCAAAACUCGUAAUAAUCACUAAAUUUCCUGAAAUAGCAUUUGGUUGAUAAGCAGUAAAGAGUUCCGAUUUCCAAGAUAAUUCCUAAAAAAAUUUGA